AUGACACGGGAUCGAAAAAAGUGUGCGUGCCUGUUUAAGUUGCGUGUAUCUUGUAGAAUUAACGAUUUGUGGCGUUUUAGCGUCAUUUGUGGACUUCAUAAUCACACAUUGGAAACUAAGCUACACGGGCAUCCAAUUGCGUGUCGGCUGUCCCGCCAAGAGAAGGAUGUUAUUUCAGAAUUAUCGAUAAUCAAAGUUGCGCCGAGAAACAUACUUGCCGAUUUGAAGCGGAAAAAACUAAAUAUUGUUUCAAAUAUCAAACAGGUAUGCAAUGAACAUUACAAUCUUAAAGUUGAGAAAAUGGGUCUGAGGUCCGAAAUACAACACCUUUUGAAACUUUUGGGUGAUAACCAAUAUGUUUCAAGCUUCAGAACUUGUGAGGACAAUGUUACCGUUCGUGACAUAUUUUGGACUCAUCCCAAAAGUAUUAAGAUGCUCAACGCAUUUCCAACCGUCCUUGUAAUUGAUUCGACGUACAAAACCAACAAGUAUAGGUUUCCGCUUCUAGAAAUUAUUGGUAUGACCUCCAUGGACAAGACAUAUUCGGUUGGAUUUGCUUUUUUGGAAUGUGAGAAAGAAGACAACUUUACAUGGGCUUUGGGAAUAUGUAAGACUUUAUUGGUUGAUCAAAAUAAUAUGCCUAGAGUCAUCGUUACCGACCAGGAUACUUUGUCGGUAUCAUAUAAGCUCAAAUGUGAGAUCUAA